AGCCUAGCGUAGUCGGGCAUUUCCCCUAAAAGAUUCGUUCCGAUCCAUGGCAAGUUACUCUGCCCGCUUUCCGAUCCCGCAAUGUACUACGUAACUAGGACAGGAGGCGCGUGUUUGCAUGACCCUCUACUGUUACAUUCCGAAGACCCGCGUGCCGAUAUUGCCGCAAAUAUAGUCCUAUUUAACGCUCUUAACAAUAACGCAAUAUCAAUGAGACAACAUCGUUUAGUACGACCCUAAUAGAAUAACCUGCUUGCGUUGAGCGAUACUGGAAAGUCUGUGAUUGUUCUACCAUGCCGCCUUCAACUUCUAGGAUCGAUGUCCAUCACCAUUAUCUUCCUCCAAUCUAUGUUGAAGCACUAGAGGCAGCUGGUGGCGAUCCAUCUGGUUGGAAAACCCCCGAAUGGUCUCUCGACAAUGACAGAGUUUUGUGCCAGAAGCAUAACAUUCGUACUGCAAUUCUUUCUGUUACAGCUCCCGGACCCGAUAUUGCGGAGGGACUGGAGGCAGCUAGGAUAGCAAGGGGCUGUAACGAGUGGGCAGCAAGCCUUAGAGAUCAGAACCCGCAACAGUACGGCUUUUUCGCUACGAUCCCGUCUCCGCUGAAGGACAUGAACAUGGCGCUGUCGGAGCUGUCAUACGCUCUGGAUCAGCUGAACGCCGAUGGCGUAACUCUAUUCACAAGCUAUGGAAGUGAGGGCCACUAUCUUGGCCAUGACGCAUUUAGACCGUUAUGGGCCGAACUCGGAAGGCGAAAGGCUGUUGUAUUUAUUCACCCUGCACUGGGGGCAGGAACGGGCCCGAGAAACCCGGUCUUGCCUGCGCCUAUGAUUGAAUACCCUCACGAAACAACUCGCUGCGCUGUUGAUCUUAUCACCUCCAGGGUGCUCCAGCGGCAUCCGAAUAGCAAAGUCAUACUCUCUCAUUCGGGCGGUACGCUUCCCUUCAUUGCCACCCGACCCGCAGUCCUUCUAUCACACUCAAAGCUUUCUACAAUGGCCCCUGAAGAAUUUCUUGCCGAGGCCCGGAAAUUCUACUUUGACGUCGCGCAGAGCAGUUCCGAGGCGAUCCAAUUUCUCCUGAAGUUCGCAGGUCCUGAGCGCAUUCUUUACGGCAGCGAUUUCCCUUACUGCCCACCCGAAACCAUCAAUUUUUUUACCAAUGCGCUCGAUUCAUCAGGCCUAACUGAAGAGCAAGUGUUGAAAGUGAAUGUUGUUAAUGCAUCAGCAUUGUUUUCUCGACUUCAAUAGGGAAGUCGAGACACGAGCUGCUGGUAGGCGAACUGCGCAACCGCUCCUGUUGGCUGCUUCAGCCCCGCCCAGGCAGGAAAUUUCGAGCCAGAGAUCAAGCUGUGGAAUCUGCCUAAUGAUAGCAUUAUAGUCC